UUCGCUGGUUCCAGUAGUGUCGUAGCGCUGGUCGAGAGUAGACCUCCCCGUGCUGGUGCUGAUGUCGAAUAGCCGUACAGUAAGGUGCAUACGCGUGCAUUUUAAUGUCAUUUUCUCGUUCGGUGGCGCGUUAAAACUGCAACUGACCAGCCUUUCGCAACGCAACUAUUGUGCAUCGCCUCAUCGCACGACCACGGAACCUUAUAUUAGUCAUCUUGCGUAAGUACCACAAAGUGCAACGUAGCCACACUUUUUUACACUGGUCAAUAAAAUUUUGCAACAACGAAGGUGAUUAAUAAUUAAUAAAUACCUGUCCAAGGUAGGCAAAUGAUAUGACACAGUCCCGCGAGGUACUGGCAAUGAUGGAUGCCCACACGACAACAUUCGGACGUAAACGCGGUUGCACAAUUUCCCGUUGCGGCGCCUUCCUGCUCGGGACACUAUUCCUCUUGUCUCUCAUAAUCACGGCCCUCUUGGUCUACCAUUUUGCACCGUGUGCGGAUGACACUUCAGGGCGGCAACAGGACGUAAACGACUCUGGACACACAUUUGGCAAUGGAUUCCUGGGGGCAAGGUCUGCGUCGACAAACCUCGACGUCAGGCUGCCGAGAUCCGUCGUCCCAGUUUUCUACCGGUUGGAACUAACGCCCUUCAUUUGGGAGGGGAAUUUCACCUUCAAUGGAGUGGUGAAAAUCGUUGUCAACGUGACCGAGGACACGAGGAAUAUCACACUUCACGCCGUCGAUAUGAAGAUCGACGAGGCAGCAACGACGGUGCAGAUGCACCUACCCGACAAUAAUGGAACGACACGAAAUAGAAUGGAGGACGUUGGAAUUGAUAAGCAAACUAACGACACGCUCAGGGAAUUUCACGUCAUCCAUACAAGAGGCUUGCUGAAGGCCGGCAAACAAUACACGGUGUAUCUCAAGUAUGUCGGGUACCUCAACGAUUACCUCCAGGGAUUCUAUCGGAGUUCCUACACCGUUGGAAACCAAACCAGGUGGAUCGCCACUACACAGUUCCAGGCUACGGAUGCUCGACGCGCUUUUCCUUGCUUCGACGAGCCCGCGCUAAAGGCAGAGUUUGAAAUCCACAUUGCUCGUCCGAAAAACAUGACUUCUAUCUCCAACAUGAAUGGUACCGUCGACACUACGCCAAUAGUCGGCUUGCCCUCGUAUGAGUGGGAUCGAUACGAACGGUCUGUGCCCAUGUCCACAUAUUUAGUGGCAUUUGUUGUGUCAGAUUUUGCGACCCAAAGAUCGGAUGACGGCAAGGUUGGCGUUUGGGUUCGUAGCGAGGCCCUCGAUCAGGCCAAUUAUUGUCUGAACAUCGCGCCGCAAAUAUUAAAAUACUUCGAAAAUUACUUCGGAAUUGAUUUCCCACUGCCAAAAAUGGACAUGGUGGCGCUACCCGAUUUCUCGGCCGGUGCGAUGGAAAACUGGGGACUUAUUACAUACAGAGAGACCGCAAUGCUGUACCAAGAAGGCGUAUCCACAAACAGUAAUAAACAAAGAGUAGCAACAGUCGUGGCGCACGAACUUGCCCACCAAUGGUUCGGCAAUUUGGUAACCCCGAGCUGGUGGACGGAUCUUUGGUUAAACGAAGGCUUCGCAAGCUACGUCGAAUACAUCGGCAUGGAUGCCGUUGAGCCGUCCUGGAAAGUCCUGGAACAGUUUGUGGUUCACGAGCUACAAAACGUGUUCGCAUUGGACGCCCUGGCAUCAUCGCAUCCAAUAUCUGUCGAGGUUGGCCACCCGGAUGAGAUCAGCGAAAUAUUUGACAGAAUUUCAUACGGAAAAGGUGCUUCAAUAAUUCGCAUGAUGGAUCAUUUCAUCACUACUGACGUGUUUAAAAGAGGGCUGAGUAAUUAUUUGAGAGAAAGGGCUUACCAAAGUGCCGAACAAAAUGAUCUCUGGGACGCACUUACGAAACAAGCGCACAAAGAUAAAGUAUUGGUUAAAAGUAUAACAAUCAACGAAAUUAUGGACACGUGGACUCUUCAAACUGGCUUCCCAGUAGUCACGGUUCAUCGGGAUUACGACAAAGGGAGUGCAACAUUAACGCAGGAACGGUUUCUACUUCGAACUGGUGUAACGACGGAAAUACCAGAUGAAAAACCUUUAUGGUGGAUACCUAUUACUUACACCUCGCAGAACGUGCUCAACUUUAAUCAAACAAGACCAUCGCGCUGGAUGCAGGCUGAACCAAUGAUUACUCUGUCGAACUUGAACGCAGCAGCUAACGAAUGGGUGAUUUUCAACGUUCAAGAAACUGGAUAUUACAGAGUUAAUUACGACGAGCAGAAUUGGCGCCUGAUCAUCCGAGAUUUGAACAAAGCCUCUUUCAAAAGCAUCUCUACGAUUAACCGAGCACAAUUGCUCGACGAUGCUCUGAACUUGGCACGAGCUGGUAGACUCGACUAUGCGACAGCUUUGGACAUAACUUCAUACCUCGCUCACGAAACGAAAUACCUCCCAUGGAAAGCGGCUUUCACAGCUAUGGGUUACCUGGAUAGCAUGCUUGUCAAGGCUGAAGGAUAUGACAGAUUUAGGAUCUUCACACUCAAGCUGCUAGACAAUAUCUACAAGCAGAUCGGCUUCAAAGACAUUCGUGGAGAUCCACAACUGACGGUUUUCACUCGCAUUGACGUGCUGAGUUGGGCUUGCAGCUUGGGACACAAGGACUGUGUACAAAACGCGGCAACGCAGUUCCACAAUUGGCAGAUUACGCCAAAUCCAGACGAUAAUAACCCCAUAUCGCCUAAUUUGAAAAGCGUCGUUUACUGCACUGCCAUUCGAGUCGGCGGGCAAGCCGAGUGGGACUUUGCUUGGGAACGCUAUCAGAAGACGAACGUUGGAUCCGAAAAGGACCUGCUGCUUCACGCCCUUGGAUGUACCAGGGAAACCUGGAUCUUGAGUCGGUAUUUGAACUGGGCCGUGACGGAGAAUUCUGGUAUCAGAAAACAGGAUGCGGGGAGGGUGUUUGGCUCCGUGGCCAACAACGUUAUUGGUCAACCGUUGGCCUUCAACUACUUAAGAAACCAAUGGAAGCGCAUAAAGGCAUAUUUCGGAAGUUCACUUCUGACGAUCAACAACAUCGUCAAGUCAACGACGAAGAAGAUGAACACGGAAUACGAACUGAAAGAACUAUAUGAGUUUGCAAGAGAGCACAGCGUAGAACUCGGAACAGCGAGAAGAGCGGUGCAACAGGCUACGGAGCAAACCGAAGCGAACGUCAAGUGGCUUGAUAGAAAUCACGAAACAAUUCUCAAAUGGUUGAAGAGAGUGACAGCCUAGUCUGCAGAGUGCAAGGAGAGCUAAAAUUGAAGAAAUGUGAUUUCUACCGCGCGCAGUGCGAGUGACCAAUUAACACGUCGAUGUUUAAAAUUAAGCAAACAACCAUUAUUGUUUAUCGCCAAAUAAACUGCCGUUAAUGUUCUCGUGGUGGUAUUUAAGUUUUUGUAAGUAUUUGUAAAUAUAUUGUAUUGAUAUAUACCUGUAAA